UUGGCAUCGGCCUCUGUCUCUGAGCUCUAUUGCCAUUUGCCACGUAAUCUCCCGAGUGCAGAGCAUAUGCAGAGUUCAUAUGCUAGUCGGAACUAGAAAACGUGGAAAUGUCAGACUUGCUAACUGGUUGUAGUUAUAUACGUGCCGUGUACAUGGUUAGCAAGUGGGUAAAUGUCCGAGUUUCCUAGCUCCGACUAGCACGUGAAAGCGGCAAUAGGCAUAGGUACAAGGGGCGGAUUGCGUAGCAGAGGAACACGAGCCUGUCGGAACCGGAGAACACACGGGCAAGAUUUUAGAGGAUACAAGUUCAUGGGAGAGAUUAUUUUAGUUUCCCUUGCAAAAACAAAACAUUGAAACGUGGAUGUUGUUGAUUAAGUAGGAGCCAAAAUGGUGAACUGCUGUGGAUUGGUAACUGUCAAGAAUGAACCAGUGCCUCUGAAGAGUAUUGCUGUGGAAGUGAGUGUGCAGGGGCAUGUGGCCACUGUGAGCUCCACUCUGCAGUAUGAGAACCAGGAGCAGAGCCCUCUGGAGGCCAUCUUUGUUUUCCCUCUGCCGGGAGAGGCUGCUGUCUGCAGGUUCAGCGCCAAGAUAGGACAGACUGAGGUGGUGGCUGAGGUUCAGGAGAAACAGAAGGCACAGGAGCAGUAUGAUGAUGCAUUGAGCUCGGGACAGCAGGCCUUCCUAUUGGAGGAGAGUGAUGAGAGCCCGGACGUGUUCAAGCUGAGUGUGGGAAGUCUGCCUCCAGGGGAGAAGGCCUCUGUCAGCCUGGACUAUGUGACAGAGCUGGCUGUACAGGCUGACGACGGCCUGAGGCUCUGCCUGCCCGCCGUGCUCAACCCCCGCUACCAACCCCAGGGGUCAGACAGUGGUAGUGGUGGCAGUGCCCAGGUGUCCUCGGUGCCCGCUGGUUCUGUCCCCUACAGUCUGUCCCUCAGUGCCCAUGUGUCGUCCCCUCAUCCCAUCUCUAGAGUAGAGUCCAACUGUCCCCUGGACCCACUCAACUACCUCAACACAGAGAAAACCCAAGCCACGGUCAGUCUGGCUGCAGGUCAUCAGUUUGACCGGGAUGUUGAGCUGUUGUUGUAUUACCAAGACACCCAUCAGCCUACUGCUAUAGUAGAGGCAGCACAGGCUUCUGCCAAGCCAGGCUCUCUGAUGGGUGACCCAGUGGUCAUGCUGAGCUUGUACCCAGAGUUUCCCAAGGAUGUGAUGUCAUCUAUGACCUCACACGGGGAGUUCCUGUUCGUAGUGGAUCGCUCUGGCAGCAUGGAAUGCCCCAUGCACCUUGGGUCUGGGUCACAGGACCGUAUUGGCAGUGCCAGGGAUACUCUGCUGCUCUUGCUGAAAAGCCUGCCAAUGGGCUGCUACUUCAACAUCAUCGGCUUUGGGUCCAGUUAUGAGUCCUUCUUUUCUAAGAGUGUGGAGUACAGCCAGAAGACUAUGGAUGAGGCUCUGCAGAAGGUGAAAGAAAUGAGAGCUGACCUGGGAGGUACAGAGAUCCUCCAGCCUUUAAAACAUAUCUACAGCCAGCCCUGCCUCCCCGACCAGCCCAGACAGCUCUUCUUGUUCACUGACGGUGAGGUGGGGAACACCAAGGAAGUCCUGGAUCUGGUGAAGACGAAUGCCGGUUCUCACAGGUGUUUCUCCUUUGGGAUCGGGGAGGGGGCCAGCACUGCUCUCAUUUCUGGGGUGGCCAAGCAGGCCAGAGGGCACGCACAGUUUAUCACAGGACAGGACAGGAUGCAGCCCAAAGUGAUGCAGUCCCUCCGGUUUGCCCUGCAGCCAGCUGUGGUGGACAUCUCAGUCAAGUGGAAUGUCCCAAAGGGGGUCUCUGUCACCCCUCUGUCUCCACCAAUCAGAGUGGUCUUCCAGGGCCAAAGGGCACUUCUGUAUGCCCAGCUCACUGGGGAGAGCUCAGGGGACACAGAGGGCUCGGUGAUAGUGAAGUACAGCCUGGCCAAGCAGCCUGUUGAGAACCAGCUGAGCUUCAGUCUUAAGCCUGCAGAGGACACUGGAAUGACCGUCCACAGGCUGGGUGCUCGAACCCUGAUCCAAUCCCUGGAGGUGGAAGAGAGAGAGCAGGAUGGUGAGAAGGAGGGAGUGAAAGAGAAGGUGAUAGAGCUCAGCGUCCAAUCAGGAGUGAGCAGUGCCUUUACUGCCUUCAUCGCUGUCCACAAAGGAGAUGGAGAGGCCCUGCAUGGACAGCUGCUACGCAGACAAGUCCCGACGCCAAUGUUGUAUCACAGCCCCAUGCCCAAGAUGAUGUUGUGUGAUAUGGCUCAGUGCAGCCCCAUGCCCAUGAUGAUGGGGUGUAGUCUGCAGAUGAAAAUGAGGUCCCCAGUCAAGUUAAAGUUGAGCAAAAAGAGUAAAGACUUUGACUCUCCAGCCCCAACCUCUAAGCCUGUGAGGGACCCUCUCCUCCAGCUGAUCUCCCUUCAGAAGGCCUCUGGUUCCUGGGUCCUGGAGGCAGGGUUGGCUGAGGUGCUGGCGAAGACUGAGGAGGAGGUGUCCAAGCCAAAGCCUGCACAGGUGGACCAGGAGGUGUGGGCCACAGUUCUAGCCCUGGUAUGGCUCUAUGGUUUCAAGAUGGAGGCUCAGGAGGAGUGGCAGUUUCUGGCCAUGAAGGCAGUAUCAUGGAUCCAGGAUCAGAAAGCGACCAGUGUGUCCGAGUGUGUCCAGGCUGGAAAUAACCUUCUGGGUUGCCAAGUGCAGAAAGACACCCUGGGGCUCUGACAUGUUCACCCUCCCAGUCCUCUCUCUGUCCCCCAUACACCUGCUACUCUACCUGGGGUGAGAUAUACACGCAACCCUGCCUGCUCCUAGUCCCCUCCUCCAAGCAAACUGGUGGAGCUAGCAACUGUACUCGCCUGAACAAGCCUAAUUAUCAACCUCUUACCUAUAUUAGCCUAUUGUCAUUUACUGUUGGGACACUUAUGUAUCUCAAUGUAUUGGUUGUUAUUAACAUAUCAACAUUCAUCUACGUGUUACAUAUACAGCUGUACUUGUUAGACUUUGCUUUGGUUAUCAAUUCCAUAUAGACUACUGGAAACAAUGUGUAUGCAGUACUUGUCAUCACUAACCAAAAUGCUUGAUAAAAGGCCUUAUUAUUGUA